UCCCCUUUAGGUCACUAUGAAGGGACUUUACUGUCAGCUAAGUGAACAUGGAGAAGAUGCCAGUUUUGUGUUUCAGGAAGUGGUGCCACCUUCUGUACUUUUGGAUCAUUUUGUGAAAGUGCAAGUCAAAGCAUGUGCCCUGAGUGCUGUUAAAACAAAGUUGAUAACAGAACUAAAGCUGGGGCCUGGAUUAAUACCAUCUGGCAGGGAGAUUGCUGGGAUCGUUCUUGAAGUUGGGCAAAAGGUAUCAUUUUUCCACCCAGAUGAAGCAGUAGUUGGCAUUCUUCCUCUUGAUUCUGAGGAUUCUGGUUUAUGCGACAUAGUCUUUGUUCACGAGCAUUUUCUGGUUCAUAAACCAGAGAAAGUAACCUGGAUUGAAGCAGCAGGGACCAUUCGAGAUGGGCUAUGUGCAUAUACAGCUCUACAUUAUCUAUGCCACAUUACCGCUGGUAACACCAUACUAGUUAUGGAUGGAGCAAGUCCAUUUGGUACCAUAGUCAUUCAGUUAGCAAACCACAGGGGAGCAAAAGUGAUUUCUACAGUGCACAGUUCUGACGAUGAGCAGUACCUGGAAGGUUUGCAUCCUACAGUAGGCAUCAGACAUCCUCUAGUAGCUCGUGUGGUAAAUCUGUCAAGUGGAAAAGCCAACCUUGUAGAAAACUGCAUGGAAGAAACAGGUGGCCUUGGAGUGGAUAUUAUCAUAGAUUCUGGAGUUCGGUUAUAUAGUGGAGAGGAUGAAUCACCUUUGAAACAACAUCUACCACACAAGCAUGAAAUACUCUGUGUCCUAGCUGUUGGAGGUCACUGGAUAACUACAAUGGCCAGUCUUCAGCUAGAUCCACCAGAUAGCCACCUACUUUACCUUAAAGGAGGUUCUGUUUCAUUCCUGAAUGAUGAAGUAUGGUCUCUGUCAAAUGUGCAGCAAGGGAAAUAUCUCCAUAUUUUAAAGGAUGUAAUGGAAAAACUGUCCAACAGGAUCUUCAGGCCACUAUUAGAUGAGCCCAUUCCUUUGUAUGAAGCAGUGGUUUCUAUGGAAAUGGUACAGAAGAACCAUGUUAGAAAGAAGCAGGUUAUCCAGCUCUAAUCAUGUUCAGUUUGCAAACGUUAAUGAAGACUUGCCAAUGUCUACAUUCAAGAAUCCUUCAGAAUUUGUAGAGUAGCCCGUUGAAUACUGUUUUUGUUGCCUAAUAUUUUCCAAGAGAACUCUGUGUGAAGUUAAACAUCAGUAUAAAGGCACAGUGCUUGGGUGAAGGGCACUUGGGAUGUCUGUGUGUGUUAUGUUGUUGACACAAUCCCUAAGGAAAAUUGUGUUGGUCAGAGUAUUCUCAGGCCCUGACUUAAAGCUGUUCAGGACUUUUGAUCCUACAUAAUAAAAUCACUGAUUAAGAAUGUAUUUAGACAGUUGUUCAGCAGUGCUUGAUCUGUCAUUAUUGGUAUCAGUGAUUUUAAACAUAUUGUGUAUUUUUUAAAGUCAAAGAAGCACUGACUUUGUUGACCGGACAUUUGCCAGAUAAUGUUGUUGCCUUUCUGUAUAAAAGUUGAAGCUUAAAGUACUUUUUUGUUUCCUGAUAUUGUCUAAUGUAACUAUAAAAAAUACAAUGAACUGAUAAACUUGUACCUCACUGA